AUGAUGGAGUUGCCUCCUCUCACCAAGGAGCAGAUCUCCAAGGUCAUCCUCUCAAAUGCUCCUCCCUCACAGCUUUUCGAGAUUCUGUCGCAAUACGAAUCAGAUGCCUGCCUCAUGUAUGCUGGUAGUGGCAGCGCUGAGACAGGUGCAGGUGAUCCUGAAAUGCUGUGCCUGUAUUACUCUGGCUUCUUCUUCGCUCAUCUUCUUACCAAACAAAUACCAGAAGCGCGCGCACUUACCCAGCGAAUGCCCGAAACAUUAAAGAAUCACGAUCCCUCUUUACAAAAUUGCUUGAAUUUGCUGCGAGCAAUCUGGCAGAACGAACAUGGUCUGGUCUAUCAGAUCCUUCGUGGGUUACCGUGGCCAGAAACCCUGCAACCGUUGGUGCAAAGAUAUGAAAAUUUCUUUCAAGACCAAACCUUGAUCGCGGUCAGCACCUCAUACGAAGCGAUUCGACCAGCUCUAGCGGCAGGAUACCUGGGGCUAGAUAUUCAGGCUGCAGAGAAAGGCGACCAGACAAUCAUUCAAAAGUUCAGUGAUUGCGGGUGGACCUGGAACCCAGAGACUCAAUUGCUGUACCCAUCUCCGAUCACUGUACCGCCUACCGAUAGCCAACCCUCCCGCGGCAUUCGUGAGACAAUGGCAAUGCUAGGAAAUCGUUAG